AUGAACAAACUAAAGUAUCUAUCUCUUGUCUCCCACAUCUGCAACGAGUUGCAGACGCAUGUAGCUGUAGCCCCAAAGGAAUUAGCAGAGUACAUCAUCCAUCUCGGCCGCAACUCCGAGACAGCCGACGAAUUCGAUAAGAAGCUGAAGAAGUACGACACAGAGCUUCCUGAUUAUUUCGUCCGGUCCCUCUUAACUGUAAUCCACGGCAUCUACCCUCCUCCGCAGCCCAACGAUACUAAGGAUAAGGUCGACAAGGAGAUUGAGAGUGAAGGUCAGGAGAGGCAGAGAGAGGAGGAUGGAAGGGAUCAUAUGCAUAGAGAUAGGAAUCGUGGAGAUGAUAGAAGAGGUGAUAUAUCACGUGGAGGAGGUGAUAGGUAUAGGGGGAGAUCACGUGGUGAUCAUGACACUGGUGGUGUGGAGGAGCCAGAGUUGAAUGAGGUUUACAAAGGUAGAGUGAGUAGGGUGAUGGAGUGUGGGUGCUUUGUUGAGUUUGAUAGGUUCAAAGGGAAAGAAGGUCUAGUUCAUGUUUCUCAGAUGGCUAAAGAGAGCUUGGUGAAGCGGGAUGUGCAAGUGUAUGUCAAAGUUGUAUCUAUUAAAGGUCGUAAGUAUAGUCUUUCUAUCAAGGAUGUUGAUCAGAACACGGGUAGAGACUUGAGGAGUAAUCCAUCUUUUAGAACAAAGGAUGUGCAAGUCAACAAGACUGUUGAGGAGGAGGAGACUCCUUGUCGUAGGCUACUGAAGAAGAUGAGCUCCCCUGAGAGAUGGGAAGCGAAGCAGAUCAUUGCUUCUGGUGCUUUGAGAGCGAAUGAGUUUCCUGAUUACGAUGGGAUGCUUUAUCAAGAGGAGGAAGAGCAUGAGAUUGAGAUUGAGAUGAAUGAAGAAGAACCUGCUUUCUUGAAAGGGAAGGGCAGGUCCUCUGUAGUUGACAUGUCUCCUAUUAAGAUUUUUAAGAAUCCAAAAGGCUCCAUGAGUCGUGCUGCUGCACUUCAGUCUGCGCUCACCAAGGAGAGGAGAGAAACGAGGGAACUUGAGCAGAGAACAAUGCUUGACUCUAUCCCCAAGGAUCUGAACCGUCCUUGGGAAGAUCCUAUGCCUGAAACUGGUGAAAGGCAUCUCGCACAUGAGCUUAGAGGUGUUGGAUUAUCUGCUUACAACAUGCCUGACUGGAAGAAGGAUGCUCUCGGGAAAACUCUUCCGACUUUCGGACAAAGAUCAAAGCUCUCUAUCAAGGAGCAAAGGGAGAGCCUUCCUAUAUACAAGCUGAAAAAGGAGCUGAUACAGGCUGUGCAUGACAAUCAAGUGUUGGUGGUCAUUGGUGAGACUGGCUCAGGUAAGACCACACAGCUGACUCAGUAUCUUGCCGAAGCAGGUCACACUACCAAAGGAAAGAUUGGGUGUACGCAGCCUCGCAGGCUCGCAGCAACGUCUGUUGCAAAGAGAGUAGCUGAGGAGUUUGGUUGUCGUUUGGGAGAGGAGGUAGGGUAUGCUAUUCGGUUUGAGGAUUGUACUGGACCAGAUACGGUGAUCAAGUACAUGACUGAUGGUAUGCUUCUUAGGGAGAUUCUGAUUGAUGAAAACCUCUCUCACUACUCUGUUAUAAUGCUUGAUGAAGCUCAUGAGCGCACUAUUCACACUGAUGUGUUGUUUGGUCUUCUAAAGAAGCUGCUGAAACGAAGGCCUGAACUUCGUCUCAUUGUCACAUCCGCCACAUUAGAUGCAGAUAAAUUCUCUGAAUAUUUUUUCAGCUGCAACAUCUUUACAAUCCCUGGAAGAACCUUCCCUGUAGAGAUUCUGUAUAGCAAACAGCCAGAAAGAGAUUACUUGGAUGCAGCUCUGACCACAGUUCUUCAGAUCCACUUGACAGAGCCAGAGGGUGACAUUCUUCUCUUUUUGACGGGACAGGAAGAGAUUGAUUCUGCAUGUCAGUCUCUGUACGAUAGAAUGAAAGACCUUGGUAAAAACGUUCCUGAGCUCAUCAUACUUCCUGUCUACAGUGUCCUUCCUAGUGAAAUACAGUCUAGAAUAUUAGACCCUGCUCCUCCUGGUACCCGGAAAGUAGUUGUAGCUACAAACAUUGCAGAAGCUUCUCUGACAAUAGAUGGAAUCUAUUUCGUUGUUGAUCCCGGGUUUGCGAAGCAGAACGUGUAUAAUCCAAAGCAAGGACUAGAGUCGCUUGUCAUUACUCCAAUCUCACAAGCAUCUGCAAAUCAGAGAGCUGGUCGUGCUGGUCGUACCGGUCCCGGGAAAUGUUACCGUCUCUACACAGAGAGCGCAUACCGUAACGAGAUGCCUCCUACGUCAGUCCCUGAGAUCCAGAGGACUAACCUAGGAACGACAACACUUACCAUGAAAGCAAUGGGUAUCGAUGACCCGUUGUCUUUUGGAUUCAUGGAUCCACCCCAACCGCAAGCCUUGAUCUCCGCCAUGGAGCAGUUGUACAGCCUGGGAGCUUUGGAUGAGGAAGGAGUGUUGACAAAACUAGGUAGAAGAAUGGCUGAGUUUCCCCUCGAACCGCAUCUCUCUAAGAUGUUGCUAGCGAGUGUGGAUCUUGGGUGCAGCGAUGAGGUUUUGACGGUGAUUGCUAUGAUCCAGACGGGCAACGUGUUUUAUAGACCAAGAGAGAAGCAAGCUCAAGCGGACCAGAAGAGGGCAAAGUUUUUCCAACCUGAAGGUGAUCACUUGACAUUGCUAGCUGUAUAUGAAGCCUGGAAGGCUAACAACUUCUCAGGCUCAUGGUGUUUUGAAAACUUCAUACAGUCACGAUCGUUACGACGUGCUCAAGACGUGAGGAAACAGCUUCUCAGCAUUAUGGACAGGUAUAAACUAGACGUGGUGAGCGCGGGGAGGAGGAACUUGACCAAGAUAAGGAAAGCAGUCACAGCAGGAUUCUUCUUCCAUGGAGCAAGAAGAGAUCCGCAGGAAGGUGGUUACAGGACGCUGGUGGAGAAUCAACCGGUUUACAUACACCCGGGCAGUGCAUUGUUCCAAAGACAACCAGACUGGGUGAUAUACCAUGAUCUUGUGAUGACGAGCAAGGAGUACAUGAGAGAAGCGACCGUGAUUGACCCAAAGUGGCUUGUGGAGCUAGCUCCAAGGUUUUUCAAAGUGGCUGAUCCAACCCGUAUGAGCAAGCGUAAGCGCCAGGAACGCAUAGAGCCUCUGUAUGAUCGUUAUCACGAGCCUAACUCAUGGCGUCUCAGCAAAAGACGUGCUUGA